AAUUUUAUUUUUUUUUUACUCUUUGAGUUUUUUUAUCUAGUGUUUCUUAAAGAUGUUUUGUGGUACCCUCACCUCCACCAACCCACUCCCCACAACCAGGAUCCCCUACCCUCCAAGCCAAAAGUUACAUGAAAAUUUUCUCAGUUAAAGUAUCAUAAUUAUGAUUGUACGUUUUGAUAAUUCUAAGUGAAGGUGACUUGUAUCUUGAAAAACCUAGUUUUGAUGAAUGUUAGCUAGGGUGAAAUAAUAUCAAACUGAGAAAUGAGUAAUUAUUACAAAUAUUUGAAAAACAAAAACUAAGAAUAUUUUUAGUUAAAGUGAAAAUUUUAGUUUACCCAAAAAUCAUUUUUCAUAUAUUAUACAUAUCAAUAUCAUUUUGAUUAAAUUUUCUCUCGAUUAGAGAUUUAAGACUUCAACUGCUAAAAGCACAGCUUUGUGUAAAAUACUUCUCCCAGCUAGAGAUUUUAGACUUCAGCUGCUUAAAGCACAGCUUUGUGUAAAAUACUUCUCCCAGCUAGAGAUUUUAGACUUCAGCUGCUUAAAGCACAGCUUUGUGUAAAAUACUUCUCCCAGCUAGAGAUUUUAGACUUCAGCUGCUUAAAGCACAGUUUUGUGUAAAAUACUGAUCCCAGCUAGAGAUUUAAGACUUCAGCUGCUAAAAGCACAGUUUUGUGUAAAAUACUGAUCCCAGCUAGAGAUUUUAGACUUCAGCUGCUUAAAGCACAGUUUUGUUUAACAUUGAUGAUGGUUAAAAUGAUGAUAAUGAUAACUGUAAAUUAUAAUUUAAGUGAUGGUUGUUAUCUCCCUUGUUAUCAUUACUUUAUCAUCCUGGCAGUUUAAAUAUUGCUAAACCUUUGUCUUGAUAAUUAAUGCAGUUAAUUUAAAUAUGUCAUGGAUAUAAUAUAGGACAACAUGCUCAUUUGUAAACUGUCUGUUAUACAUUUAAUGUCAUGAGAGAGUAUUUGUUACAACAGUGACCAAAAUGUUUCACUGGAUGCUUUGGUAAAGGGCUUAAAAAUCUAGUUUGAAAAAUAGCUGGAUAAGGUGAAUAUGGAGUUGAGAAUAAUUUAUGUUAAAUGAACUGUAAUGUGACAUAUAUGGUUGUUUGGAUAGCUUCUUUACCUAUUUAUACAAUUGUGAUGAACAUUUACUCUGUUUGGCAUAGACUACUGUCUGAUUUACAAGUUCUGUGACAUUAUUUAAUGACAAAUGAUAUUUCCUAAUUUUGCAAGAACAGGUAAAAGAUUAUAUAUUGUUGCAGAGAAGGUAAUGGAGUUAGGGAACUUUAAAUUUUUUUAGUUCUAUCUAUAUUUUGGCUUAAAAAUGCUUUUCAAAGGAAGUUCCUGUCACCAGAAUUGAUAUUUUCAUUAAGUGUUUAAAAUGGGAUUGACAGAAAACAGUCAUAGCAAACAGUAGGUGCAACUAAAACACCAGUGAACUUUUAGCAUCCCAUCUUUGUUACAAGGACAAUUUUGAGUGGACAUUAUUGCUACAGAGUAUUUCAGAAUUAAUGGAGGAUAUUUUGCAGUGAAAAUACAACAUAAUGGGUAUAUUGCGGACAUUGUGGACAUUACGAAAUGUUGUUAUUGUUGUUGCUACCCCUCUGCUGUUGCUGCCAUUGCUUUUAAAUGGAUCAAAGCAAUCUUCAGCAGGAUUUUGUUUGAUAUUGAUGGCUGUAUACUGGGCUACCGAGGUGUUCCCUAUUGCUGUAACAGCCCUGCUACCUGUCAUGCUGUUUCCUAUGACAGGACUGAUGACAGGCAAAGCUGUGUCUAUGACCUACAUUACUGAUUCCUCUAUGUUGUUUGUUGGUGGGUUGAUCAUGGCAGCAGCGGUAGAACAUUGGAACAUACACAAGAGGAUUGCACUAAAACUUCUUCUCAUUAUUGGCACAGAGCCAACCAGGUUAAUGAUAGGCAUGAUGCUGCCAUCUUGGUUUUUGUCCAUGUGGACGAGUAACAUUGCCACUACUGCAAUGAUGUGUCCCAUUGCUGAUGCCCUGCUCAAGGAGUUACAGAGAGGGGAAGCAGGAGCCAUUGAGGAGGUUGUGAAAAGCACUACUAAUUAUGGCACAGUCGGCUACACUAACCCAGGCUGUGAGGAGGAACAAUUACAGAAUCACAACCUGAAACAGCUAGAUCCCUGUGAGACUGAUCUUGAUACAGAGGUGGUUGUUGAUAGUACCAGACAUGAAGAGGUUUAUACAUCGCCGCAGAGAACAAGGCUCAAACCAUCUAAAGAACACAUACAGCUAGCCAAGGCAAUGACCAUCAGUAUUGCUUAUGCUGCCAACAUUGGUGGAACAACAACCAUUACUGGCUGUGCUUCUAAUAUAAUACUCAAAGGAUUAGCGGAUGAGAUAUUUCAGGAGAGAGGUUUGACCUCACCUAUAUCAUUUGGUACCUGGUUGGUUCUCGGCUUCCCAGUAUCACUCCUCAUCUUUAUCACAUUAUUUCUGUGGUUGACAUUGUACUUCAGAGGUUGCAGCAGCUUCAAGAAGAAGGGUAUCAGAUCGGAAGGGAUCAGAGAUUUCAUCAAAGGUCAAUAUAAGGCUCUUGGUCCUGUCACUUUUCCAGAGAUUAUGGUGAUCACACUGUUUAUCAUACUGAUAAUCCUGUGGGUUUCUCGAGACCUUGGCGGCGCUGGUGGGUGGGGAAAUCUCUUUAAAAAGAAAUAUGUAACAGAUUCUGCUGCUCCAACACUUGUGUCAGUUCUCUUGUUCCUUAUACCUGCAAAUCUACCUGCCUUUUUCAAAUCUAAGAAUCGACCAUUAGUAGUAAAACCUCUAUUAACGUGGAGAACUGUACAUGAUAAAGUACCAUGGGGUCUCUUUCUUCUGUUUGGCGGAGGAUUUGCUUUAGCACAGGGCUGUAAGGAAUCUGGAUUAUCCGAAUCGAUACGUGAGGCCCUGACGGUGUUCAAGGAGUUACCUGUAUGGUUAACCAGUAUGCUUGUAGCACUUCUAACAUCAUUUAUCACAGAGGUGGUAACAAACACAGCCACAUGUACACUGGUCCUGCCUAUCAUUGCCCAGCUGGCUCUGGGUAUUGGUGUGAACCCUCUAUAUUUGAUGAUACCUACAGCCGUGGCAACCUCCUAUGCCUUCAUGUUGCCAGUAGCAACACCACCUAAUGCCAUGGUCUAUGUACUGGGCUACUACUCUAUGACAGAAAUGAUCCGUUCAGGGUGCGUAAUGAACAUUUUAUCUGUGUUUAUAUUGACACUUGGUGUGAACACAUGGGGUGCAGAAUAUUUCAGUUUGAGAACACUUCCUGUGGAAUUCAGUGACCUUGAAGUAACAACAGUCAUGAGUUUGAACAGUACUGUUACCAUAGCAACUUGACAGGGAAACUAUAUCAAGAAACUUCUGACAGGGAUCUGUACUUGAAAGAUUUUAUUAGUUGAAAUCAAAGUGUGAAACUGAUAAUAUGGACAAAAGUAAAAUCUGAAAUGACACUCCACAAUUUUACAUAUUCAACUUUUGAGCACUUUUUGUUUUAACAAUUUAAAAAUACUGUUUCUGUAGAAAAUCUCUAAAUUUGAAGACUUAUAAUAUUUUGAAGAAG